AUGACUUUCCAAUUGGAUGUGAAGAUGUCUCCGCCAGGCAUCCCUUGCGCGCGGGCUCUUCCUGCUCCAGGACUGCCUGUGCAAUGGCAAGAAAGAAGCUCAGAGGCCAAAGCAAAUGUUUAUGCCGUGAUGCCGGCAGCCGCCAUCUUUGCAGCAGCUGGGCUGGCUGGAAAGUGGAGGCAGCGUAGCGCGUGCCGGAGUCGGGGAGGAGAAGUGGAGGGCGCCCGACCGAAGGCCGACGGCGACUUCUUGGCCGGCUUUCGGGCGGCCCUUGGCAGCAGAGAGGAGACGUUGGAGCAGGAGCUGCGGGCGGCACGGGAGCAACUCUCCGACGCGGAAAGGCGCAUCUCCGAGGUAGAGGUUGCCAAGGAGGAUCUUGCCAGCCAGCUUCGCGAAUCCGAGAAGGAGGUUACCGUGCUGAUAUCAUCAGUUUUGGCCGUGAGCCACACGACAGAGGAGGAGCCGCCCAGACCACGGAAGCGAAACGCCGAGUUGCUGCCAGCUGCUGACAGUGAUGAUGACGUGGUGGUGGUGGAGGAAGGCUGUCAGUGUCGGUGCCUGCGGAGGCAUGGGAGGUGCACAUGCCAAGAGGAUCAGGAGUGGCUGGACUCGAAGCGCGCGCGGCCCGUGAAGUACACGCCGCCCCACGCCAGGCGCGCAGUGCUGCAGCCGUGCCCUGCAGAGCCAAGCGGCUCCACCUGCAGCUGCCUCCGGCGCCAUGGCCGAUGCACCUGCCAGGCAGAUGACCGCUGGCUUCAGAAGAAGCGGCGAUGCCUGGCUCCGUAUGUUCCGCCUUUCCGGCAGGCUCGCGAGAGCGAGCUGGAGAAGAAGCGGCAGGAGAUUGCGGCCAAAGCUGAGGAGGCCGAGCCUCCCCCAGCCGCGGCGCCGAACAUCCGGACCCUGGCGAGGCGCUGGGCCCCACAGCUCGAGAAUCUCGGGCGCUUCCGCUUCAACCCUCUGCAGAUCGAGGGCAGCAUCUUGCUCAACGAGCCGGGCACCGAGGCCGAAUGUACAGAGUCGGCCUUCCGGUGCCAAGGGCUCAAGGCCCUGCCAGUGGUGCAGUCGGGCAGCUACCAGUUUGAGGUAGAGCUGCUCCGAAGCUGCGAGCUGGCUGUGGGCUGGAGUGGUGCCAUGUCGCUGGCCACGGCGUGGGACCACCAGGCUUUCGGCUACUCCUCCGAUGCGCGAGCCAUCCACAACAGCGAGGCCGAAGCAUUUGGACUUCCUUUCGGACAGGCAGGAGACGUCGUCGGUGCCACGGUGAGAUGGGACUCCCGGAAGGUGGCGAUCUCCUUCGCGCUGAACGGACGGGACUUGGGCGUGGCCUUUGAGUAUGGCAGUGAGGCCGAGCCUGCGAUCCCGCUGCAGCCGCAGGUCAUGCAGCUGGCCUCAGGCCUUCCCUUGCACGUCCGCCUGCGGGGCACAGCGACCUCCUCUCUGGCCUUCCCGCAGGUCGGCGUCCAACCACUGGCCGCCGUGAAGGAGGUCGACUUCUGCCCCUUCAGCCGGGCAGUCUCGGAGGCAUCGACGGAGCGAGUCGCGGCGCUGAUAACGGAGGACCAGCUUCAAGCCUUUCAUGUUCCAGAUGCCCACGUGGUGGAGCUCUACGACUUGCCAGAAGGCCCGGCUAGAGGUGCAGACAACGGCCACACGCGGUCGAGAUGGCUGGCCGCCUGCCUGGCGCAGCAGCUGUCGCUGCCGAAGCCCUCCUGGCCAAGCUCUGUUUGCGUCCGGGAAACUUCGGAGGGGGCCUCCACUGCCGUGGCAGCGCUGCGGAGGGCUUCACACGCCCGAGAGCUGCUCACGCGGGCUGCGGAAGGCACCCUGACAGCGGGAGACGCACUGCUUCAGGCCCGUGCCUUGGGCUCCGCCACAGCCGCCACGAGGGAGAGGUUGCGUGAGUGGCGAGGUGCCGAGUUCCGGCCGCAGGCGGUGCCCGCCGCCGCGCGGCGCCUGAUCCACGGCAGCCUGCAGAGCCAGAUCCCCUUGGCUCACCUUGUGGAGGAGAAGAAUUCAUCGCGGCCCACUGCUCGCAGCUCGCAGUGA